AUUAAAUCUUUUCGACAGUCGAUAAAAGCCCGAAUCUCGCCAAAGGUUGCUUCUCCUUCUGUUCCCCGUCUCCCGCUCCCCUCACUCUCUCUCUCUCUCUCUCUACGGGCCUUCCUGGAGAUGUGGCGUUCGUUGGGGAAGCAUUACAUGGUUCGUCAGUCGGCUUGGUUAGAAGGGAUAUGGUUCGAGAAACUGAGGCCUGCAUACAGUACAAUGACUCAAGCUCAGAGUUACGAGCGGGUCACUAGUAGAGCUGCAGCAUCUCCUAGGUUGGAUGAGGACGAUUACCAUGUUAUGAAAGAUGGAUCAGAGGAUCCAGGAGGAUUGCAAAAGCUUAGAAUUGGUGAAAACAUUUCAAGAAGGGACAAGUUCAAUUUUCUUUUGAAAACACUCUUUGAGUUGAAAGACAAUAAGGAAGCUGUAUAUGGUGCUCUUGAUGCCUGGGUUGCAUGGGAGCAGAACUUUCCAAUCGGCCCGCUUAGGAGAGCAUUGGUCGCUCUCGAGAAAGAACAACAAUGGCAUAGAGUUAUCCAGGUAAUCAAAUGGAUGUUGAGCAAGGGACAAGGAAACACAAACGGAACUUACACACAGUUGAUUCGGGCUCUGGACAUGGAUCAUAGAGCAGAAGAAGCCCAUCGGUUUUGGGUGAAGAAAAUUGGUAACGAUCUGCAUUCCGUGCCUUGGCAGUUAUGCAGCGCCAUGAUAUCGAUAUAUUACAGAAACAACAUGCUCGACGAUCUUGUGAAGCUCUUCAAGAACCUCGAAGCUUUUGAUAGGAAGCCCACAGAUAAGUCCGUCGUGCAGAAGGUGGCAGAUGCUUACGAAAUGUUGGGCAGGCCCGAUGAGAAGCACCGGAUCCUAGACAAGUAUAACGAUCUUUUCACCGAAAGCCCCAAGAAGUCUCGGAAAUAUUCCUCGCCAAAGAAAGGAAAGAAAUAAAGGUUAUCAUGGCACGUCUUCACAAGAAAGCUCAAUUUUGUGAUGGUUACCACAUCUUUCUUUCCACCCAAUUGUUCAGAUGCAGAAUUGGAAAAAAGGCAAUUCAGUCAUUAUGGAUAGAGUUUCAGAUGAAAAGGAGUAAACUGAGUUCCAUCUGAAGUGCACAAAAUGGACAUUGAUCUGGCAGUGAUAAAAUGCAGCAGAGUCCCCGAAGAAAUGAUUUUAUAUAUGGAAUGGGAGAUGUAGGUGUUUAGCUGCGUACAUCUGAUUCUCACAGUAACAUAUUGUACCCUCGUGUUUCCAUGCGUAUGCGGACAUAGAUGCCUGUUACCUGAUCCGAAGCCGGUUUUCAGUGUCCUCUUUUCUAGUUUGUAUAUGCCUCCUGUUUGUUAAUGCAUGUCUCAUUACUGCUAGUCUGCUACUUGGCAGCGGAAGUCUUUUCUUGAGAAUCCAUAAUGAAAUCUCGGGAUCGGUAUGGCACAGUGGAAUAGAAACCUAGCGAACUCCCCCUAUUGUAAUCUGAAUCUUGUAUCUUGUCGUGUUC